UUUUUGUUCAUACCAUCCACAAUCACAAAAUCAUAGACCAAAUAAAUUGGUACCUAGGUAUACAAUAUACAAACAAUAAAUCACAACAAAAUAGUAUUUUUUACGUAGACUAGGAAGAAAAUACACGCAACAAAGCAUAAAGAACCCGUAUCCAGACUCCAGAGUAAUCUUGCCGUGCAGACAGUUUCAGGAAUAUCUUCGAAUAUGCAUUGUUGUGUGCCUUUUUGUAAAAACACUACCGACAACUCCGGCAAAUCAGAUGGAAUCCGUUUUCUUGAUUUUCCGGGCAAAGGCUUUUUGAGAUCUGCAUGGCUCCUUGCCCUGGGCAUGGAAGCCAGAGUUCAGACCCACGCAGUGGUCUGCUCCCGACACUUCCUGCGCGAGGAUUUAUUGUCCGAAGAGCGUGGCGGAAGGCUCCUUCGCGCCGGCGCCGUUCCUACUACAAUUCAGGUUUGCUCAAUAUGCCUCGACACUGACAGCAAAAUGUUUUCAAUGAGUAAAUACAACUUGGAAGAUGCAUAUGAACACUUAACUGGACAUGCUUUGUGCGAUGGAGGCAACCUGAAACAUAUACUUUGCUUUGAAUGUGCCCAGAGGUUGAAGAACUUUAAUAAAUUCAGAGACAAGAGUUUGAGAGCCCGUUCGCUGAUGCUGGACUUAGUUGAGAAACAUGAAGUGAUAACGAUACAUCACAUAUCGCAACUAAGCCAUGCGCGGAGCUCACUAAAGUCCAACCUGGCUUGGCGGAACCUGAGCGAGGAGCCAAGCGGCCCCAUUGAGCUGGAAGACAGUUCAGACGAGCAGACAGACGUAAAGACUGAAAGCGCAUGCUCGGAGCCCGACCAGAGUGAAGAGUUGGGGUUGGAGUCGGAUCUUCAAGUUAGAAGGAACAGUUCAGACGCGCACGCAGAGGAUAAGUUUAAUGCCGCGACAGACGAGAGUAUCCCUAAUGAUUACAUCCAAGACGAGGAUAUCCCAGGUGAGCACAUAGCAGACAAGCAAUUAUCAGAUGAACACAUGCCAGAUGAGUAUAUUCAAGAAGAGAAUAUUCUAGAUGAUCACAUAGCAGAUAAGCAUAUCCCAGAUGAACAAAUAGUAGAUGAGUACAUCCCAGAGGUGCAUAACCCAGAAGAACACAUAGGAGAUGAGUACAUUCAAGACGAGUAUAUCAUAGAUGACCACAUCCAAGACGAAAAUCUUCCAGAUGAACACAUAGCAGAUGAAUACAUCGAAGUGGGGUAUAUUCCAGAUCAGCAAAUCUUAGAUGCCCAUAGCACAAAUGAGUACAUGGGAUAUACUCCUCUUGGAGAGGAGGAUAUCCCAGAUGAGCCCAUAACAGAUGACCAUGUCGCAGAUGAGCACAUCCAAGGCGAGGAUAUCGUAGAUGGACAUAAUAUCCCAGAUGACCAUACCGCAGAUGAGUACUUUCAAGACGAGGAUAUUUCAGGCGGGAAAUUAUCAGAUGAGCAUCACCCUAACGAGGAUUGUGCAUAUGGCGCCGGCGUAACCCCACUCAGCGACGAUAUCAACUUGCCGAACGGCGACUUGGACGAGCCUGCUAUAAAAAGAUCGCUUGAUAAAGAGAGCGCGCAAGUGUCGCUGGCGCCGCUGAAACACACAGAGUGCAGUGUGGAAUACUCCAGCACACUUAAUAACAAAGAGCACCCGCGCACAAGGUUUCACACGACAUUGCCGCAGUGUACUAACAGGUACCCUAGGCGUGCGGAACGAUCCAGCUAUACGCGCAGCGUUUCCUCUGCCAGUGAGCGGACUCGUCACACAAAACUACUACAGCGCUCUGUGCACAAGACAUCGCCGCGUUACUCCGGCCGGCUCGCUCUUCGAGCUAAAAGGUCCAAUGGGGGUCGUAACGCUUCCUCUACCGUUACAUCAUUAGCAACACCAGAACAAGAUAGAUCGCCGACAACACCGAAAACCAACAAUUACUCAAAGAAUUCUAAUAUUAUUGAGGGACAAAAGUACAUUUGUGACCUUUGCCAAAAGGAGUUCCAACAGAAAUGUGUUUUAGUUAAACACAUUAUGCACCACUCUAAACAAAAAUUACACACGUGUAACAUAUGCCAAUAUCAAUCAAAGUAUAGUGGUAAUUUAAUAAAACAUGUUAUGACACACACAGGUGAGAAACCAUUUUCAUGUAGGUUAUGCCAAUAUAAAUGUACCAAAAAAUGUAAUUUAGAGAGGCACAUGAGAUCCCACACUGGUUUGAAACCUUAUGAAUGCAAGAUCUGCAAAUAUAAGUGUACCAUAAAGAGCAAUUUAAUGAGCCACAUGAGAACACACACGGGUGAAAAACCUUAUGCUUGUAAGGUAUGCCAAUAUAAAUGUUCCCAGGGUAGUACUUUGGCGAGCCAUAUGAGAACUCAUAUUAUUGAGAAACCUUAUGCAUGCGAGCUAUGCGAAUAUAAAUGUGCUAAAAGGAGUAAUCUAACGAGGCACGUUAAAUCUCAUCCUGGUUUCGAACCUUAUGCUUGUAAGAUAUGUCAAUACAGAGGUUCUAAAAUUAGCAAUUUAGUGAGCCAUAUGCGAACUCACAGUCGAAAAUUAGUAGUUGGCAAAUUAGAAAAUAGUUAUAUAGUUUAAUGUUUUAACUUCAGGCUUCAUUCUGACUUUCUUCAAAAGCAGCAGGUUUUUUUAAUGUAUGUUCAAACAUAACUGUCAUUUAUAGACGGAUUUGCGAAAUUAUUUUUGUGUUCCAAAGGGGUUAAUUCCGGAAAGGGGUAAUUUAGGUAAAUCGAUAAUAACCAACUUAAGAUAAGAUCAUUGUGGC